CUGAACAGCUGAUUGCGGUCUGCAUUCAGAUGUAAUGCGUUGCGCUAGUGAAGACCGUUAGGAUAUCAGCUCUCCGUUAGGUGGUUUUAUCUUCAGAACGCUAUCACAAAUGCAAGUUAGUUGACAGUUUCCAGUGUGGCUUUUGUGAGAAACGCAUAGUUUGACUGACUAUUUAUUUCAGCGUGAAUUUAGAGACGAAGUAGCAUCACCAUGUCCGCGAUUCGAUUUCCUCGCAGGGCGAGAAACAGUGUGGUGGAGGCCCUGCGCACAGAAUACCCCUCCCGUAUCAGGCGUAGUGUUGUUGAGGCUAUGGGGACCAGGUAUCCUCAGAGAGUACGGACUAGCAUCGUGGAGGCAAUCAACUCCGAUCAGCUCCAGGUGAAGAACAGAUGGGGAUGGCUGGUUACCUUUUGCACCUUCUUGAUCAUCACACCAGUGACGGGAAUCCUCAGUGCGUUUGGUGUCAUCUUUGUCAAGCUGCAGAAGGAGUUUGAAAUUAGCGAUCUCACAGUCGGUUGGAUCGGUUCCUUGGCGUUUGGUAUCAUGUUUGCUGCAUCACCAUUUUCGACGGGUCUGUUCAAGCGGUUCGGCCACCGUGCCGUUACGAUAGUAGGCGUCAUCCUGUGCAGCGGUGGGCUCUUGUUCUCCAGUUUCGUGCCCGAUCCACAUUAUCUCUUCCUCACCUACAGUCUCCUCUUCGGGAUCGGCAGUAAUUUUAUCGAUAACACAUCUCUGAAUCUGGUGGGGGCGUACUUCCCGAGGAAAAACAGUGCAAGGUCGACUUGUUUUGCUACCCUUGGAUGGAGUGUUGGUUCUCUGACUUUGAAUCCUGGUUUGGAGUUCCUCUCUGACGUCAUAGGAUGGAGAGGUGCCUUCAGGGUCUGCGCCGGGGGUCUCUUCGUAAUCGGAAUUCUCUCCGCCUUGACCUUCCGGCCGCCUCCCCAGAAAUACACCGACAUGAUCGCCAAGAUGGAGGCCGAACGACAGCAGCAGAAGCUUCUCCGGAAAGCAUCCGUGGUGUCUGGCGGCAGCGGGACCAGCAAGGCGACCGAGGUAUCCAGCAAGGUGACGGCAGCAGAGGAACCCCGGAGAGAAGCCUCGAUGUCCGUGACCAGCACCACAAGUACCGCCCAGCCCGCCCCAACCGCCCAAGAGAAACACACCUUGAAGCAGUACUUGAAGUCGUUCGCCAGGACCUUUAAGGCGCCUGGAAUCGUCCUGUGGUUCUUGGUCAAUAUCUCCAUGAACCUCUCUCUUAUCUUUCCAUUUGUCAACAUGAUCAAAUUCAUGACAACGAUAGGUAUACCCGAGGAGAAGGGUAGUUUCAUCUUGACCAUCAUGGGUAUAGGAGAUCUCCUAGGCCGUGGUAUAGCAGCCUUCGUCGGUGACUACCUACCGAUGGGUAGCAUCUAUGUCUACCCAGUCAGCUGCUCUAUCAUGGGGGCGGCUACCUUCUGUCUGCUCUUGAUCAAAUCUAUCAACGGAAUGUAUGCUUUCGCUGUUGUUAUUGGGUUCUUCACUGGUAUCGUAAACAGCAUGCUCUUUAAGGCGUGCAUGGAUUUGUUUGGUAGUAAUAUAGUUGCAGAGUCAUGGACAAUUACACUACUUGGUGCUGGCGUAGGGAUAUCAGUCGGGCCAACGGUAGCAGGUGCUGCAUAUGAUUACACCGAGCAGUUCGACAUCGCAUUUUACGUUGGGGGAGGAAUGUUUAUGGUCGCUGCCAUUCUGUCCUUCAUCAUUCCAUUCCUUCAGAAGUCCAAAGGAUGGACCCCACAAAGGAUCACAAAGACCGGCAGUACAACGUCUAACUCUUCCAGCUUGGACACUGUGGAUGAAGGGGAAGAGAUUGCUGAACGCGAAGAGAUUGCUGAACGCGUCUGGAGUGUGUGAUUGCACAUCAAGAUAUCAUCAUCAUUAUCACCAUCAGGAUUACGUCAUUGAAAUGAGUGAGACUUUCAUGAGCAGCUCCGUGGGGCAAAACACUCGUGAAAAGAUUAGUUAUGUGAGAGUUCGAGAGUGGUUGAGUCGGCCGUCGCGGCCGUUCUGGAAAGCAUCUCGCGCCGUCUAGUUUCAACCCUAACCACGGUACCAAUGAGAUGGAAACUCGGAAACAAUCAGUUCAGUUUGAGAGUUUCGGGAUGGUUUCAUAGACCAUCAUGAACAAUGAUAUUUGCGCACAAUACUCUUCUCACAUGCCCGAUGAAGAAGCUUCCGGAAUCUCUUUGGCUGCAUUGAAGGAGCAUGCAAUGGGUCAGGACUUCCGGUCUUGGUCAGAACUUCCGGUCUGGUGUCACCCAUCCGCAGUCAUGACAACUUACGUCAUUUCUACGCAUGUCUGAUUGUUAUGGACUUCUUUUUUUAUAUGUAGAAAGUUUACAUGAAUACUCUUGUAAUCGAUAUUUUUGUAAAGAAUGAUUUCUCUUAUGAGAUCGUGAGUGAUUUGUGGCCUAUAUUUAGGCAACACCUUAAGUGCCGAAGAAUUGCUCUUUCUCAAUCAGCUGAAUUUGCAAUUUCUUCAAUCGUAUAACAAUCAUGCUCAUUACAGUAAAACAAAGGAAAUGUAUAUAAUCAGGAAAUUUAGCUUUUGCUGCAAGAUAAAGAACAACUCAGGUGACAUUUUUUUGAACAAUCAAACUUUUAGCUAAAUUACAUUGUGUGUGUGACAAUACUCGUGAUAGAAGUGUAUUUCCUUCCAAACCAACUCAUCAAAUGUCACUUUCAACCUUCCCGCAUUUUGCGGGGUCAUGUAUCAGUGAUCAAGUCACAAUUGUGAUCGAUCCCUGAGUCGGUGGGUCUAAGGUUGUACUUAUAAGCUAUUGUCUUGUAAUGCGAGCUACCAUUGUCUACUUUCAUGGUUAUUCAUGAUCAGAUAGCGUGAUACAACAGCAAAAGGAAAUAGCAAAAGAACCCACACUAAAACAGGCGGCUAUCAUAAAAAAGGCGGGAACUUAUUUAGGAAUGCAGAAGUAGGUUUGUGUUUGCGACAGGUGUUGGAAUUGAAACUUUGGAUCUAAUAACCUGAUCUAGUUCUACCGCUAUGUGACUCCCAUGCAGAGACUGUGAUGUGCCAAAGUGUUUACCUGCAUUGGAUUUCGAGUGGAGAUCGAUGGCAUAUAAAUGAUCAUAAAGUUGACUUUUAGGUCGCACGUUGCAAUCCAAAGGUUGAAACUCUGUGUUUCCAACGAUGGUUGAACUGUCGUUGGUGAUUGUGAUUUGCAGCAUUUACUGUCCGAUUCUCAUAAAAAGUUUGAGGUUACUAUCCAUAAUACUGGUGUCACUAAAGUUCAGCCUAUUAUACGCCACGCCCUUUUUGAAAUCGUUUUGGCAACAGAGAUGUCCCUACUGGUCGUUCAUAAUACGAGGAUAAAUACACGCAGUUUUCGGUUCUUAUAGAACAUUCUUUUAUUAUCUUAUCCUUCUCACGGUUUGAUAAACCCGGUGCUUAAUCUUUCAUUUUAUCAACUGUUAUUCAACUCAAUUCUGCCUAUAGAGAUGGACACAUUUGAAAACGAAGCCAUUUCCAAGUUUCUUUUCUUUCAAACAUUGAACAUUUUAGAGGGGGUCCUUUAUUCUCUUUUGUGUACAUGAAACCACAUGCUGGUGCUGUAUAGUUCUGUUGAAACCCGAUCCCAGAAGGUACGGACAGAUAAAUUGUGUAAAUAACACAGAACUUGUAGCACAGUUUUUAUCCAGAGUUCCUUCGGAGGUGAAACAGGUGUUCUUGCGUCUAGCCUUGAUUCACGCCGUUGAACUCGUUACUUGAAUUAGUUCUUCCUUUUUAUAUGGGUCGCCACAACAACGAGUUGCGGCUCAACUGAUGGAAAACAACAACUUAAAAGCCUGGGAAAUAGACUAUAAUACAUUCAACCAGACGGUGUGAAUUGCCGAAAUUUGUACGCUGCUGGUUUUUCCCACUACUUUUAACAGACGCAUCACUGCAUGAUAUGGAAGCCAGUACCUGUCAGUGUAUACCAACCACGGCGAUUGGAAUUUGGUGAAAAUUUAUUCAAACUCCAAACGGCCUUCUCGUUUAUGAAGCAACACGUUCUUCUUCUAACCCGGAUCGCAAAUUGCUUUUGAAAUUAAGUGCUACUUUAAUUUCAGUCACAAUAUAUUCAAUCGAUUACUAAAUUUGAAGUUUGGUUUUGGGUUUUAGUGUAUGACAAUUUGAAGUUUGUUUCGAUAUAUCUUGAUGUCCUUGGGUUGACACAGCGAAGCAGUUUUUACGGUUGUUAAACACCUUAUAUUAAUGAAUUUUGCGAUUUGAUAUGCAUCCUUUCUUGUCUUCGUACCUUGCGACAGAGGUGGCAUUGUCAUGAAAACUAAAUCAUUUUACCAAUAUUGUCUGGAUGGUUGUUGUUGAAUCCAGAACAAAAACGAUUAAUACAAUACAUUCCUUUUAUCACAAAUUGCAGCCUUGUACCGAAAGGAAUAUUCAGGUUAUUUAAUAUUGAAUUAUGCAACUGUAAUAAGUAUCAUCAAAGUCUACUGCGGGUACCGCCUUCUAUUUCAUCAAGAAGCGGUGUUUGUUUAACACAACAAAAAUAUGAUCCCUUGAUUUAAAUUGAAUCCGUUUUAUACAAAGUGUUUAUAACCCUCUCACUAAUUUGUGUAAACCAGUGCCCAAUUUCAUAGAGCUGCUUAGCAGAAAAUAUUGCGUCACAACUUCCUACUAAGCACGAGCAUAAAUGAGCAGGAUACCAGUCACAAAUAUGCAUAAUGUAAAUUGCCGGUACAAAAUUGCCGGUAAACCUUAUGUUGUUGUUGUGCUCAGCCACUUAUUGUGCCAAAGCAGAUCUAUGAAAUGGGGCACUUGCAGUUAACAAUGUAUAAUAUGGAGAAUAUAUUAAGAUGUUUUGUUGACAAGGGGUGAUCUUUUCAAUUUUAAGUCAUUGAAAUCAGAAGUGGGUCCUGCCCUCAGUGGCUCUUCUGGAUCAGUUUUGAUCCAGAAGGGGGUACGUGUUGAUUCUGUAGGGGGUCAGUUUUGAACCAGGGAAAUUAGAAGUUGUUGUAUUCAUUGUUGAAUACACGCGGCUACAGUGGACUUGUCUCGUUCUCUCAUUAUGUGAAGUUAUAUGGGAUCUCAUUGUGGAUAACACUAACUGGAACGAGGAACGAGACUAAUUGUGAAUAUUACAUCACUGCCUCAUGCAUAUUCAUGAUCUUUAUGGCUGUUACGAUGCGCACAAUUAUGAAUAAUUAGGCUAUUUACAAGAGUCCUUUUUUUAAAUUAAUGUUGGUUACAUGAUCCCUUAGUGGACAAAAACGGUGCAUUCCCGGGAUACCCAUCUCUUAAAUUAGGCCCUUUUCGAAAUCAUGGCUCUGGCUUUGGAAGUUAAUCAAAGUUUGCCCAAUGUAAAGCCCGAAUCGAACGCACAUGUUUUCAUGAAAUCGGAGGAGCCCAGGUCAUAGUCUUGGUUUCGUAAAGGGUCGAUUGGAUGCCUUAAUCGUUGUCGAUGUAAUACUGUACUAAUACCUUGGUUUAUACUUUUUGUCAUUAUUUUGAUCGGUAGUUUAUUAUUAGCCAAUUAAGUGCAAUUGUUUUAGAUGUUGUGAAAACAAAAGUAAUCCACGUGAUAAAGUAAUGUUAUGUACAAAUGUGUACAUUGUUAUUUAAGUUUUAUUAUGUAAAUAUAUGUAUUUACUCAAAGAAUAAUAUAGAGGAAAGAAAGGUUCGGAAAAUUUCAGACGUUAGAAAUACAAUAAUUUAACGAUAAACAAUUGAAGUAUAGUUUAUUUUAGCAGCACCUUAGAACUUUAUCAUGAACUUAAAUUUAUUUCUUUUUAUCCACACAUAGUUAGACUAUUAAACAACGCAACAAAUACCAAUUUGUAUUUGAUGGAAAGGAACGCUUAUGUGUACAGUCAAAGGUUAUAAUAACAUAUUAAUAAUAAUAUUACAUUCUAAUUGUUUAUUAUUUUUCUCCAGAAGACGAUCAGAGCAUACUGAUCGAAAC